AUGAGUGCACGACCAAAUACAACCGGUCCCCGUACGAAGAAACAAAAUCACGCUAACAUUCCGUGCCCUAUAGAAGACUGCGCAAGAUUCACUUAUGGAAAACUCCCGGAUCACCUAACUAAAAUCCACGGUCUGACUGGCGCUGAACGAGACGCCCUCAACGAGCAACAGAGAAAACGAUUCUUCAAUGGAGAACUCUGUCAAGUGCGAUAUCUAAAAGAAUCAGCCAUCAGAGACCUUUGGGGCUCUGAUUACGACGAUCCACGCAUCCGAGCGAAAAUACACCAAAGCUAUGCUCUCGUUAAGAUUCGGAUAAUACCAUUGGCAGCGACACAGCGCAGCCGCCCACUAACAGAACAAGACGCGAAUGUUUUGACCGCGUACAACGCCAGAACAGCGCCGAGACCAGCCCGCGUGCAAAGAACUAGAGCUCGAGCAAGACCUUACACUGUACCGGAAACCAGUUCUGUUGAAAGCCGCGUAUCCAGCGAAUCCAGUGAAGGAGAAGAUAGUGCACGCAAUUCAUUACCCCUCUCCCCUCCACCAUCGUCGCCAUCGUUACCCCCAUCGCCAUCUCCUUACGAACUUCAACCAGUUGAAACCCGCCUGCGAGAUAUCUUCGACUCCAAAGUGGAUGCAGGUUACAAAGCUGUCAUCGACGACAUGAAGAAGUCGAUGUCAAUGGGCAGAACUCUCGGUACACGGAAACGUAAGAUUUACAGAACCUACAGACGAUAUGCGAAGCGACUGAUCACGUUUCUACACAGACAACACUCGCCAUUAGCGUAUGACGUGGACGUCCUUCUGUGCGGAGAGAGGCAAGUCUGUGCGUUCCUAGAGAACAUAAGCAGUGAACACAAAACGAAAACGUUGAGGAACUAUAUCGUGGCAGCUAUCAAGUUACUUGACUCGCGACUCUUCGCGCUUGAAAGAGACCCCUCGUGCAAGGAAAAGGUUGUCUCAAUGACCCGUGUGUACGAAGUGCUACUCGGUCGACUGAACGAUUGCGACCGAUUGUUGGCUCGAAAAGAAAUUUCGAACCAAAAGGAAACAUCUGAAGGUGACGACUCGGAACAGGAAUUCAAUGAUCCAUAUGACGGGUUGGUUUAA